AAAAAAAAAAAAAAAAAAAAAAAAAAGAAAAAAGAAAAGAAAAGAAAAAAAAGAAAAAGAAAAGAAAAGAAAUCCAGGCCCCCCGGUGUCUCCCUCCUCUUGGAGCCCGGUGCCCUAGGCUCCUUCAGAGCAAAGAUCUGGACCCCAGCUCCCUCCUUCCCGGGGGGACUGAGUAUUCCGCCUCCCAAGUCCGCCGCGCCCAUUCAGGGACUGCGUUCGCCGGAGCGCGACCCGGGGACUCCCAGGCCUGUGGGCGGGCCCUGCCCAGGACUGGGCGGUGCCAUAACCCCUAGUUUAAAAACUCGCGGGUACCGGACCCAAGAUCGGGGACCCGGCGGCGGCUCCGCGGGGGAAACAGCGAGGCUGGCGCAGCGCCGAGGCCGCGGCCCUGGGGGCCCGCAAUCCACGCCACGGAAUCCCCGAGUGAGCAGGGGUGAGCGCAGCCACUGCCCAACGCAAACCGUGAAGAAGCUUCUGGAAGAGCAGAGGCGCCGCCAGCAGCAGCAGCCCGACGCUGGCGGGGUGCAGGGACAAUUUCUCCCUCCCCCAGAGCAGCCCCUGACCCCAUCUGUGAAUGAGGCUGUGACUGGCCACCCUCCCUUCCCAGCACACUCGGAGACUGUGGGUUCUGGACAUAGCAGCCUGGGCUUUCCAGACUGGGACCCCAACACGCAUGCUGCCUACACUGACAGCCCCUACUCUUGCCCUGCUUCUGCUGCCGAAAAUUUCCUGCCACCUGACUUCUACCCACCCUCGGACCCAGGGCAGCCGUGCCCAUUUCCCCAGGGCAUGGAGGACCCCCCAGACACCCAGUUCUAUGUAGGAUCUUCUCUGCCACAGGCUGGACCCUGGAGAGUUUCUGCACCCCCUUCGGGACCCCCACAGUUCCCCGCUGUGGUCCCUGGACCAUCGCUGGAGGCGGCCCGAGCUCACAUGCUGGCUUUGGGGCCACAGCAGCUGCUGGCCCAGGAUGAGGAGGGGGACACGCUCCUUCACCUGUUUGCGGCUCGGGGGCUGCGCUGGGCGGCAUAUGCUGCGGCUGAGGUGCUCCAGGUGUACCGGCGUCUUGACAUUCGUGAGCAUAAGGGCAAGACCCCUCUCCUGGUGGCGGCUGCUGCCAACCAGCCCCUGAUUGUGGAGGAUCUGUUGAACCUGGGAGCAGAGCCCAACGCCGCUGACCAUCAGGGACGUUCGGUCUUGCACGUGGCCGCUACUUACGGGCUCCCAGGAGUUCUCUUGGCUGUGCUUAACUCCGGGGUCCAGGUUGACCUGGAAGCCAGAGACUUCGAGGGCCUCACCCCGCUCCACACGGCCAUCCUGGCCCUUAACGUUGCUAUGCGCCCUUCCGACCUCUGUCCCCGGGUGCUGAGCACGCAGGCCCGAGACAGGCUGGAUUGUGUCCACAUGUUGCUGCAAAUGGGUGCUAAUCAUACCAGCCAGGAGAUCAAGAGCAACAAGACAGUUCUGCACUUGGCCGUGCAGGCUGCCAAUCCCACUCUGGUUCAGCUGCUGCUGGAGCUGCCCCGGGGAGACCUGCGGACCUUUGUCAACAUGAAGGCCCACGGGAACACAGCCCUCCACAUGGCGGCUGCCCUGCCCCCUGGGCCGGCCCAGGAGGCCAUCGUGCGGCACCUGUUGGCAGCUGGGGCGGACCCCACACUGCGCAACCUGGAGAAUGAGCAGCCCGUUCACCUGCUGCGGCCCGGGCCGGGCCCUGAGGGGCUCCGGCAGCUGUUGAAGAGGAGCCGUGUGGCGCCGCCAGGCCUGUCCUCUUAGGACUCAAACCCAGACCCUGGACUGAUUUUCCAGUCCCCACCGUCCUGCGGGACAGCCAGCGUAUGCUAAUGUUGCAAACCCAUGAUAAUGUAUGUGGAAUAUCCUGCCAUUGGGGUCUUACAUUAAAACCCCAGAAUGGCUGCAGAUGGGUGAACAGGCCCCAAUAUUUGGGGUGCUGUGAUACCCCUCUUCUACCCACAAGGAGCCCUUUUGAUGAUUUCUGUGAAAUCGAGGCCCCUUGAUUGUUUCUGUGAAACACCCUGCACCCCUAGUCCUUUCCCCACUGAGAUCUUUUGGGUUCUCUCCCCUAACUCAGCUCUUCAUUCCCAGAAACCCAGAUGUAAUCCCCCUACGUGGUGCUUGGGGCAUCCCAAUGCCAUCUCAGUAAAGCUCCUACAAUGGCCUCCUCACCCUCCCCGGGACCCACACCCUUCAGGUCCUCACCCUGAGACAGGAGGGACCCUCUGAGAUCAGGGACCCUUAGGUCCCACUGCUCUCUGAUUCAGAGCUCAGCUGGGCCUCCAGUUCCAGACCCCAGCAUUCCCGGUCACUCCCUCCCUAAUCUGAGCAUCACUCAAGCUCUUUAUUAAACUCAAUUUGGGCCAGAUUCGGUGGCUCAUGCCUGUAAUCCUAACACUCUGGGAGGCCGAGGCGGGCGGAUCACUUGAGGUGAGGAGUUUGAGACCAGCCUGGCCAACAUGGUGAAACCCUGUCUCCACUAAAAAUACAAAAACAAUUGGCUGGACAUGGUGGCGUGCGCCUGUAGUCCCAGCUACUUGGGAGGCUGAGGCAGAAGAAUUGAUUGAACCCAGGAGACGGAGGUUGCAGUGAGCCGAGAUUGCGCCACUGCACUCCAGCCUAGGUGACAAAGAGAGACUCUGUCUCAAAAAAAAAAAAAAAAAAAAAUUUAAACUCAAUUUGGACUAGAA